AUUGGCCCGAGGUGGUUCUUCAAUAGUGCUCCUGUGUCGGCCACCCCCGGCCCGAAACCGCAGCAGGUGGGGGCGGGACGGGGCGGGGGCGGGGCCUUGACGGAGGCCGGCGCCCCGCCUCCUUCGCGCUCUCCGCAGGCGUGACGUGCUACCUUUCCGCUCUCACGCCGGCUCUGCGCUGGGGUCUCUCCGCUUAGUUACCGCGUCCUAGCGCCGGUCCCGGAAGUGGGCUGCCCACCCCGCCACCCCCUCCCCGCGGUUUCUGUUCUUAGGCGGCGACGGUCGCCACGGUGGCGGCCACUGCAUCUCCUACCACCUCCCCGGCCCUGGGCGCGGUAUCAGCGGGCCCUGGGACCAUGACGGGCCAGGGACAGUCAGCGUCAGGGUCGUCGGUGUGGAGCACGAUAUUCCGCCACGUCCGGUACGAGAACCUGGUGGCGGGCGUGAGCGGCGGGGUCCUGUCCAACCUCGCACUGCACCCGCUCGACCUCGUGAAGAUCCGCUUCGCUGUGAGUGAUGGAUUGGAACUGAGACCAAAAUAUAAAGGAAUUGUGCAUUGCUUGACUACCAUUUGGAAACUUGAUGGACUACGAGGCCUCUACCAAGGAGUAACCCCAAACGUGUGGGGUGCAGGUUUAUCCUGGGGACUCUACUUUUUCUUUUACAAUGCCAUCAAAUCAUAUAAGACAGAAGGAAGAGUGGAACGUUUAGAGGCAACAGAAUACCUCGUCUCAGCCGCGGAAGCUGGAGCCAUGACCCUCUGCAUUACAAACCCGUUAUGGGUAACAAAAACUCGCCUUAUGUUACAGUACAAUGGUGUUGUUAACUCCUCACAGCGACAAUAUAAAGGAAUGUUUGAUACGCUUCUGAAAAUAUAUAAGUAUGAAGGUGUGCGUGGAUUAUAUAAGGGAUUUAUUCCAGGGCUGUUUGGAACAUCACAUGGUGCCCUUCAGUUCAUGGCAUAUGAGUUGUUGAAGUUGAAGUACAACCAGCAUAUCAACAGGUUACCAGAGGCCCAGCUGAGCACAAUAGAGUAUAUAUCUGUUGCUGCACUCUCCAAGAUAUUUGCUGUAGCAGCCACAUACCCAUACCAGGUCGUGAGAGCCCGUCUUCAGGAUCAGCACAUGUUUUACAAGGGCGUGCUGGACGUGAUCACAAAGACUUGGAGGAAAGAAGGCGUUGGUGGAUUUUACAAAGGAAUUGCCCCCAAUUUGAUUAGAGUGACUCCAGCCUGCUGUAUUACUUUUGUGGUAUAUGAGAAUGUCUCACAUUUUCUACUUGACCUUAGAGAAAAUAAAAAGUAAGCUAGAAGAAGAUAAUUUCAGUACAUCUGCUUAAGGGAGCAACUGUUCCUUUGUGUUUGAGAUGUAAACCUCGGAAGAAGACUGCGCAGCAACGUGGGUCACAUGGAAAUCAGUCUGUAGUCAUUAGAAGUCAAAGAACUGCUAAGACUUUGCAAUGUUUUUCCGCUUUUUGCCUUCCCCAUUUGUAUGGGAUUUGGCUACCUCGGCCAGAAAUGGCUCCCAUCGACACAAUAGUAAAACUGACAUCAAGCGGAGAGUUUCACAAAUUUCUGUAUUUCACUGUUCAUGUAGAAGCUGAUUAUAGCAUUUGCUAAAUGGAUUAGAUGAAUGUGCUUCUUUUUCUGAACUCAUUUGCCUGGAUUGCCUGGAUUGGCUUUAAAAUCAGUCUCUGUGCAAUAGCAAGAAAAUGGCCUAUGAAAAGAAUUAUUAUGGCUGUUUCAAGGGUAAAUUGAACUUGAAGGAUUUUGCUGGGGAAAGUACUGCUUAAAUCCAGACCAUUUUUGAAUUGGGAAAUUUUGGUGAGGAAAAAAAAAACACUGUUAAGUGUAUUUUCGUUUUAAUUCCAUUGGAAUGUGCUAACUAGGAAAAUUUGAGAAGUUAUAUACUUCUCUUCAUUUGAGAAAUGUCUGAUAUUUGUUGUCAUUAAUUUUUUUUCUCCAGGGGCUCUGUAAUUGUGGAUCCAGUUACAUUUUUUGACAUAGGAACUUAGUGUCUCGUAAAGUUAAAAAAUCUGAAUUAGGAUUCAGCUGGGUUAGCAUAUUUGGCUAUAAAUCACUGAUUGGCUGUAGGUGAAUAAUAGAUCACUUCAUACAGACACGAAAAUGAUUGGAAUAUGUUUUUGAGAAACUGUGUGGAAGUGAGAAACUAACUUCCUACUUCAGCUCUCUAACAUAUGGGUUCGGAUCCCAAAUAAAUGAUUAAUCUUCAUUGGUUGUUCAUAUUCAGGUUUAAAUACAAAUGACAUUGAUGGCCAUUAUUGAUUUUACUUUUAUGAGCCAUUGCAAAUACCUAUAAAAGCCUGCCCCCAAAGGAUGCCAGAAUAAUAUUUUUAUUUAUCAUAAACCUUUAUGAAUGCCGUUGCACUUCCAUCUGUUUGUUGUAAAUAAAACUGGUUUUCAAAGCCGUAUUUAAAUGGGUCUUUGAAAACGGGUCUAUUUUUUAUAUUUUGAAAAUGACAUUGUUUUAAAAAUACAGAAUAGUACGUAUCUAAUUGUAUUUACUCUAACCUCUUGUAACGUGCACAGAAUACUUUAUAAAUUAAAUGUGAUGUAUUUUUGCAUACUUCUGGAUUUACUAUAAUUCAUAUGAAAUCCCGAUAUGGGUCUCUACGUAGAAGACCAGUUAUAGUUACUGUUUGGAGUUUGGGAGGUAGUGCCAUUCUUUGAAUGCCUCCUGUGUACCCCCAUAUUACUAAAACAUAAUUCCUGUCUUCUAAGAGCAUACAAACUUACAGAAAAAAUAAAUAAGGAUUAAGUAACUAACAGUUCUAGGCUAACAGACAAGAAGAUUUCUACAAAGCUCUGUAAGAGUUCUGAGAAAAGAGAACUCAUUCUUCUCAUUCAACAAUGAGUUGUUACUGAGUUCUUGCUCUAUGCCGGCAGUGGAGAUAGAACAGGAAAUAAGCCAGACAACAUUCCUGCCCUCAGGGGAUUUUCAUUUUAGUGGGAGUGUCAGAGAACAUAAAUUAUGCUUAAUAUAAUCUCAGAUAGAUUAAAUGCUAUAAAUAGAACUAGAGCAGAGUUGGAAAUUGGGCUGCUAUCUUAGGAUGCUUAGGGUCAGGAAAGACCUCUUUGAAGAGAGAAUAUCUGAAACAUUUUGAAAGAAAGGAGGAAGCAAGCUACAACAAGAUAAGGAAUUCUAGGAUGGAUAGACACAUUCUAGGCAGAGAGAAUGUGAAACACAAAGGCCCUGAGGCAGGAAUUAAUUUACCCGGAGGGAAUGAGUUAAGGACAGGGUGACCAGGGAGGAGGAGGCUGGAGAAACGGCCCUUAUAGUAUGGAAGGAAAGAGUGCAGGAUUGGCUUCAGAUUUUAGCCUUCCCAUUUGCUGGUUGGCCUCAGGCCAAUCAAGUUUUCUCAUUUGUAAAAUGUGUCUUAGAUUUGUUCCUUUGCGGAUGAGGGUGAUAUGAGGAUGCUUGGGCAAGUGAUCAUUGAGGGAAUGCUCUUAGGAUCACAGGUAAUGGAGUGAAGAAAACAGGGGAAGAAGUAGUUUCAGAAGUUCACCUUCAGCCUGACCCUACGGGACACUGCAGUAUGAAUUGGACCACAGAGAUUAUUAUCCUGCCCUGAGGUGAGAGGCUGUGCUACUGUGUUCUCACAGCAGGCAGUCAUUCACUACCUGUCACGGUGGGAGGAGUGGAGGCUAGGUCCCUCUCUGAGGGAGCAGCCCUCCAAAUAAGGUGGGGAUGACAGCUGUUAGCAGCUGGGAAUAUGGGUGCACCGGCCCUGUAAAAAAGGAUUUGGUGGGUCAUCAACACAGCAUCUGCAAAUGAGGAUGUUAAAAGUAGGUAGCUCAAAGGAUUAUUGAUCAGAUUAAAUGGAUCAACCCAUGUCAAGUGCUUAGCAUUUUAGAAACAUUAGCAUGGACCAGCUCUUCUAGGCCAUGGUCAGAAGUUUAGAUUGGGGGAUAGAUUAUUCUAGCAAUGGUAUGAGGAAACAGGAGACAAGAAACAGGGUUACUAGUUAGGAAGCUUUCACAGACACCUAGUGAAGAGCUUGAGGAGUUGGAGAUAGUUUAUAGCUUGGUGGGAACUAGAGCAGGGUUCGUGGAAGAGAAAACUUGAAGUUUGGCCUUGGUGGUAGAGAUUUCAAAGGGAACCACGAAAAAAAAAAAGCACAGGUGACAUGUCUUGAGCAGUGGGUUGUCAAUGUGGUUAAAAAAAAAAAGGAAAAAAUAGAACAGAAAGCUGAAAGACCAGGACCAGGACCACAUGUCUGGUCUCUUUUACUCAUCAAAUAAAACCCAAACACAUGUAGUAAGGCUCAGAGUUCUGAGAGUUCUGAGUCUUACUACAUGUGUUUCGGUUUUAUUUGAUGAGUAAAAGAGAAGUGAGAGUCAUUAACAGAAGAGAGAGACACGGUUACAUCGUAAGGGUGACAGAAGACAACCAAUCAGAUAAGAGAAGCAAACUCAAAGGGAAGGGGUUAUCAACCAUGUAAAUAUUUCAGUAAGGUGAAGAUGAAUGUCACUGAUAACUUUAAGCAGAUUCAAAUUAUAGAGGCUGAAGACAGAUUGCAAGCAGUUAAGCAGGUGGGGCAAAGAGCAAGUAUUCAUUUCACUCGAGGCUCUUCUUCCUUGGAUUUCAGCAGAUAAAGGAAAGGUAGA